UUUCGACUUACCGCACUGUAUCCAUCUUCGACCUCAACAGCCGGAUCCAGCCAAGAUGACGAAGCGCACUAAGAAGGUCGGCAUCACCGGUAAAUAUGGUACCAGGUAGGCAUUCGCGCCCUCCCACUCCGAACCCCUCAGCAAAAAUUUCGAAAAGCCUCGAUCGCGGCAACAACACGAACGAUGAUUAUCGAGCAACGGACACAUCGAAAUCCUUCACCCCCGUGACACGAUGGAAUAUUGACGAUGGCAUGAUAAUAGAUACGGUGCCUCCCUGCGUAAGCAGGUGAAGAAGAUGGAAGUGUCCCAGCACGCCCGUUACAUCUGCACCUUCUGCGGAAAGAACACCGUCAAGCGCCAGGCUGUUGGUAUCUGGGAGUGCAAGGGCUGCAAGAAGACCGUUGCCGGUGGUGCCUACACCGUCUCUACCCCCGCCGCCGCUGCCACCCGCUCCACCAUCCGCCGUCUCAGAGAAAUCGCGGAGGUCUAAAUGUUGGGAUUUCCUUUUCUUUACGUUUGAAAUAAAAAAAUGCCAAUUUAAGAUCUGGAA